GAGGCGAAGAAAGUGAAAUUGGUAGUCAUCGAAUUCAUGGAUUAUGCACUGAUUUGUUGGGAUCAGAAUGUUACUAGUAGAAGACGGAGUGGAGAGAGGCCGGUAGCGUCGUGGGAGGAGAUGAAAGUGUUGAUGAGAAGGCGAUUUGUGCCUAACCACUAUUAUAGAGAUUUGUAUCUGAAAUUGCAGGGUUUGAAUCAGGGUUCUAGGUCCGUGGAUGAGUAUUUCAAGGAAAUGGAGAUUGCCAUGAUUCGGGCCAACGUGAUUGAGGAUCGGGAAGCUACUAUGGCUAGGUUUCUAAAUGGACUGAAUAGGGACAUUGCAAAUGUUGUAGAAUUACAACACUGUGUGGAAUUGGAAGACAUGGUCCAUAUGGCAACGAAGGUAGAGAGACAAAUAAAGAGAAGGGGCAGUACACGUUUUCAGACCAAUUCGGCUUCAUCUUCCUCAACAUGGAGGCUGAAUUUGAAAAGAGAGGGGGCUGUCCAACCAAAGCCUUAUGCAAAGGCUGAACCACCUAAGGCCAAAAAGGAUACUUAUACGGAUGGGAAAGGUAAAUCUGAAUCUCAACCUACUCGUGAUAGAGAUAUUAAAUGCUUUAAAUGUUUAGGGAAGGGGCACAUUGCAUCUCAGUGUCCAAACCGAAGAGUUAUGCUUAUAAGAGAUAAUGGGGAUGUUGAAUCUGAAAGUGAGAAAUCUGAAAGUGAAGAGAUGCCACCUUUGAUGGAUUGUAGCGAUGAGGAGAUUGCAUACCCUGUUGAGGGGGAGGCUUUGGUUAUAAGACGUGCGCUGAACAUGCAAAUCAAAGAAGAUGAUGUAGAUCAGCAACGGGAAAAUAUAUUUCACACUCGAUGUCACAUCCAAAACAAGGUAUGUAGCAUGAUAAUUGAUGGAGGUAGUUGUGCUAAUGUUGCUAGUGAUACACUUGUGAAGAAAUUGAAUCUGAGUUGUAUUAAGCAUCCUAGGCCUUAUAGAUUGCAAUGGUUGAAUGAAUGUGGUGAAGUGAGGGUUACUAAGCAGGUUUUGAUUGCGUUUGCUAUUGGGAAGUAUUCUGAUGAGAUUUUAUGUGAUGUCGUCCCGAUGCAUGCUAGUCACUUACUUUUGGGGCGUCCAUGGCAGUUUGAUCGGAAAGAGUUUGAUGAUGUAUUCCCUGAAGACAUCCCUAAUGGAUUACCACCAUUAAGGGGGAUUGAACAUCAAAUUGAUCUUGUGCCCGGAGCUUCAAUUCCUAACCGUCCAGCCUAUAGAAGCAACCCCGAGGAGACGAAGGAGCUUCAAAGGCAAGUAGAUGAGUUGAUGAUGAAGGGGUACAUUCAUGAGAGUAUGAGUCCUUGUGCUGUGCCAGUGCUACUUGUGCCUAAAAAGGAUGGAACA